CCCUCCCCGAACUGCGGCGGCGGCGGCGGCGGCGGCGAGCGCUGACUGCGUCCGGGCAGAGCUGCAGCGGCCGCGGCGGGCACCCAGCGCCGAGCCCAGCAAGCCCCGGCCCAGGCCCGCGGGUGGACAGGUCCUCUUCCCCUCGCAGGAGCCUGUGGAGGAGUGAUGGGCAGAACCGGCGCAUCCCUCAGGCUCUAGACCUGUCUCAAGUGGACUCAGUUCCCUCCCACCCUGCUUCGGUCUACCCCAAGAACACUGAUCUGUUUGCGAUGAUUGAAAAGAUGCAGGGAAGCAGGAUGGAUGAACAACGAUGCUCCUUCCCACCACCCCUCAAAACGGAGGAAGACUACAUUCCCUACCCGAGCGUCCACGAGGUCCUAGGGCGAGAAGGACCCUUUCCUCUCAUCCUGCUGCCCCAGUUUGGGGGCUACUGGAUUGAAGGCACCAACCACGAAAUCACCAGCAUUCCUGAGACACAGCUGCUGCAGUCACCCACGACCAAGGUGAAACUCGAGUGCAACCCCACAGCCCGCAUCUAUCGGAAGCACUUUCUUGGCAAGGAACAUUUCAAUUACUACUCACUGGACACUGCCCUGGGCCACCUGGUCUUCUCACUCAAGUAUGAUGUCAUCGGGGAUCAAGAGCACCUGCGGCUGCUGCUCAGGACUAAGUGCCGGACAUACCACGAUGUCAUCCCCAUCUCCUGCCUCACGGAGUUCCCCAAUGUGGUCCAAAUGGCAAAGCUGGUGUGUGAAGACGUCAAUGUGGAUCGAUUCUACCCUGUGCUCUAUCCCAAGGCGUCCCGGCUCAUCGUCACCUUUGAUGAACACGUUAUCAGCAAUAACUUCAAGUUCGGAGUCAUUUAUCAGAAGCUUGGGCAGACCUCCGAGGAAGAGCUCUUCAGCACCAAUGAGGAAAGCCCUGCCUUUGUGGAGUUCCUUGAGUUUCUGGGCCAGAAGGUCAAACUGCAGGACUUCAAGGGGUUCCGAGGAGGCCUGGACGUGACCCACGGGCAGACGGGGACCGAGUCUGUGUACUGCAACUUCCGCAACAAGGAGAUCAUGUUUCACGUGUCCACCAAGCUGCCCUACACAGAAGGGGACGCCCAGCAGUUGCAGCGGAAGAGGCACAUCGGGAACGACAUCGUGGCCGUGGUCUUCCAGGAUGAGAACACGCCCUUCGUGCCAGACAUGAUUGCAUCCAACUUCCUGCACGCCUAUGUGGUGGUGCAGGCCGAGGGGGGUGGCCCCGACGGGCCCUUCUAUAAGGUCUCAGUCACCGCGAGAGACGAUGUGCCCUUCUUUGGGCCCCCUCUGCCAGACCCUGCUGUGUUCAGGAAGGGGCCCGAGUUCCAGGAAUUUUUGCUGACAAAGCUGAUCAAUGCUGAAUAUGCUUGCUAUAAGGCAGAGAAGUUUGCCAAGCUGGAGGAGCGGACCCGGGCCGCCCUCCUGGAGACGCUGUAUGAGGAACUCCACAUCCACAGCCAGUCCAUGAUGGGCCUGGGCGGCGACGACGACAAGAUGGAAAACGGAGGCGGUGGAGGCGGUUUCUUCGAGUCUUUCAAGCGGGUCAUCCGGAGUCGCAGCCAGUCCAUGGAUGCCAUGGGGCUGAGCAACAAGAAGCCCAACACGGUGUCCACCAGCCACAGCGGGAGCUUCACACCCAACAACCCUGACCUGGCCAAGGCGGCUGGAAUAUCCUUGCUUAUUCCUGGGAAAAGUGCGAGUAGAUUCGGACGCCGGGGCAGUGCCAUAGGCAUAGGAACCGUGGAAGAGUCCCUGAUUGUCCCCGGGAAGAGCCCCACAAGGAAGAAGUCGGGCCCGUUUGGCUCUCGCCGCAGCAGUGCCAUUGGCAUCGAGAACAUCCAGGAGGUGCAGGAGAAGAGGGAGAGCCCUCCGGCUGGCCAGAAGACCCCAGACAGUGGGCACGUCUCGCAGGAGCCCAAGUCAGAGAACUCGUCCACUCAGAGCUCCCCAGAGAUGCCCACGGCCAAGAACAGAGCGGAGGCGGCAGCCCAGAGAGCAGAGGUGCUGAAGGACUUUUCCCGCUCCUCGUCCAGUGCCAGCAGCUUCGCCAGUGUGGUGGAGGAGACGGAGGGCGUGGACGGGGAGGACACAGGCCUGGAGAGUGUGUCAUCGUCAGGGACACCCCACAAGCGGGACUCCUUCCUCUACAGCACGUGGCUGGAGGACAGUGUCAGCACCACCAGUGGUGGCAGCUCCCCAGGCCUCUCCCGCUCACCCCACCCAGAUGCCAGCAAGGUGGGGGACUCUGCGUGUCCCGAGAUCAAGAUCCAGCUGGAAGCAUCUGAGCCGCACACUUCCCAGCUGGGCUGUUAGCCAGCCGCCCGGGAAGUGGAGCUGAGCAGAGGAGUCCAUAGAAGCACAAGGUGAAGAGGCUGUGUCACAUCCAGGCCGCCAGGACCUCUGCCCCCAAGGCCACCCCAGCCCAGCUUCCCCUGCUUCCCACUCCCCCUCAGCCCACCCACCUGGGCUCUCUCCGCAGGGCGGAGCCACCUAGACCUGGGGCCGGGAGGCUGCUGGCAUCGUCCCCAGGGCCCAGGCUGGGGGUCCAGUAUCAGGCGGGGAGUGGUCAGCUGAAGCAGGACUGCAGGCCUGGCUUGCCCCACCCUGGGCCUCCACCCCGGCUGCCCCUCUGGAUCAGGGGAGUGAGGGGGGAGAGCUCCGGGCACAGUGCCCACUGUGGAGGUGGCGCAAUGUGAGGGCGUGGAGGCCUGGGUCCGGGCUUCUGAUCCGGGUUCUGCUGUGUGGCUCUGUACAAGUCACUCUCCUCCCCUGGGUCUCUGCCACAGUGGACAUCAUUAUUUCAGAGGUCCCUGGAGACCGUGAUUCUGCGCACCUGGCCCAGAGCGGGGAUUGUGCCCCUGGGACCUCCCCUCACACCACCCUGCUUCUUGAAGUCCCCAAAGCCCCAGGUGGGCUGAGGGCCUGGGAGCUGGCAGUGCCCACCACCCCACCUGCAGCCCCGAGCACCACAGAUCUGCCGAUGCCCUUCCACUGCCUACACGUGACAGACCGGUGACCCCCUUCUGGGGAAGGGGACCCGCCUGGCUCCUCAGCCAGCGUCUAGCUUAACCCCUGCCCCCUCCCACUCCUGGGCACUCCAGGCUGAGGGUCCCCCCAUCCCCGGCCUGGAGUCAUAGGCCUUGCCAAGCCCCUCGCCACAAAGGGGCAGCCAGGCACAGCUGCUGAGAAUCCACGUCCUUGCGUGUGUCUGUCCACACUUUUUAGGCGCCACGCCAAAGGCCAGCCGUUCGGCCCCACUCCCACUUUGGAAGCCCCGUGGCCACGUGUAUGUUGGUAACAGUUGUACAAAAUAAAUUCUAUUUAUCGCUAUUGUA